AUGGAAAGUGUAACACCUGAUGGUAAUACAGUGGAUGAGAUUAUGUUAAGGGGAAACACUGUUAUGAGUGGUUAUCUUAAAGACUUGAAAGCAACAAAGGAAGCUUUAAGAGGUGGAUGGUUGCGGAGCGGGGAUCUAGCUGUGAAACAUCCAGAUAAUUACAUCGAUCGAAGUGAAGGACCGGUUGAAAGAUAUAAUCAUAUAUGGGGGAGAGAACAUAAGGACAGUUGA